CUCCUCUCAUCUUUACCAAGAUCUGCUCAUCUGUGACGCCUGCUCUGUUUCACACAGAAAUGAAUCUCCUGAGCUUCACUGUGGUUCUGGGGCUUCUGGUUGGGGUAUGGGCUCAACUCAACGUGCGAAGGCCUCUGUGUGAUUCCCCUGAGGCAGAGGAGGCUGCUCUGGUGGCUCAGGAUUACCUCAACGCUCAACACCAGCAUGGCUACAAGUACAUACUGAACAGGAUCGAAGACAUCAAGGUCCACACCAAGCCAGAUGGAGAUGAGUAUGACCUGGAAGUUGACCUGCUGGAGACAGACUGUCACGUGUUGGACCCGACUCCUCUUGCCAACUGCACAGUCAGGCCCAAAGUACUGACGGCGGUGGAAGGAGACUGUGACGUGGUGCUGAAGAAGGUCGGCGAUGCUCUGAAGGUCAUCGCGUUCAAGUGUAAAACAGAAGAAUCCACAGAGGAUUUUUGCCUGGGCUGUCCCACCCUGCUUCCCCUCAAUGACACCACAGCGCUGGAUUUUGUUCGUGUCUCUCUGGAAACCUUCAACAACAUCACUGUGAAUACCACACACGUUCUUCUGGAGGUUGGAAGGAUGUCGUCACAGAUUGUGUCUGGUGGGCCAAUCUUCAUAGCAGAAUACGUCGUGGUCGAGGGCAAUUGUACCGAGGAUGUCUGUGUGCCCCUGGCUGAUGCCAUGGCUGCUCGUGGGAUUUGUACUGCCAAAGGUACAAUCGCCCAGCACACUGUGGACUGCAAGACCUUUUCCACUCUGAUACCUAUUGUAGAUGCCAACAGCACUGCACCUGCAGACCCUGUCUUACCACCAGUGGUUCAUGUGCACACACACAAGCACGGUCUGAGGCUCCACAAACUGACAGCUCACCACAACCCUCAUCUUAACAGCCUUUUGUCUGCAGAAUCAGCUGAGUCAGCUGAAGUUGUGCCUGUAGUUCCUGCUGUUGUUGUACCUGUACCUGCUGCAGAUCCUGCUCCUGCUGCAGAUCCUGUUCUUGUUGCUGAUCCUGCUCCUGUUGCUGAUCCUGGUCUUGUUGCUGAUCCUGUUCUUGUUGCUGAUUCUGACUCAGCUGGAGAUUCUUUAACCAGUAAGGAUAUAGGUAUUCUCUUAAAAAAGAGAGACCUAUCUGCUGCAGCUGCUGUCAUGGUUGAUGGUCCUGCUGCUCAAACAGGUCCAGUUCCUCUUGUGCCAGUGUGCCCAGGAAAAGUGAGAUUCUUUGAUACAUGAGCCAUGUUAAAUAAAUGUAACAAUACACCAACAAAUGAUUGUUUCAAACUGUCAAAUCAGAGAACCAUCUCUGUAAAACUGCAUGUGAUGCUGUUGAAUAAAUCUGGAGUGAAUUUUUGUC